UUCCCGACUCUUCCUCAAGAUCCGAAUUCAAUGCUCCUGUGUUGAUGGGAUUCGAAAAUCCGUUUCCACCAAGUACAAAACUCGCCCACAGGACACACUUUCGUCUAUUGCUGAUUCGAUUUAGGCUGGUUUGGUGUCAGCUGAUCAGAUUAGGGAGGCCAACUCCAUUGCCGAUCCUUCUGUUCUUGAUGUGGGGGAGAACCUUGUGAUUCCUUUGCCGUGUACUUGUUUUAAUGGGACUGAUAAUGGUCUGCCCACCAUUUAUCUAUCAUAUGUGGUGAAUCCAGUGGAUACUUUAGUUGGAAUUGCAGCGAGUUAUUCAACUACGAUCACGUAUUUAAUGAAUGUCAAUGCUAUGGGGAGUACUUCAAUUAAGGCUGGUGAUAUUCUAGCUGUUCCUUUAUCAGCUUGUGCUUCUAAUUUUCCAAAAUAUGCCUCCGAUUAUGGACUGAUUGUUCCUAAUGGGAGCUAUGCUAUUACUGCUAGCCACUGUGUCCAGUGCAGUUGUGGCCCCGGGAGUCGCAAUUUGUACUGCAUGCCUUCUUUGUUGGCUGUUCUUGUUCAAGUAUGCAAUGUAAAGGCAACAAUCUUAAGCUAGGGAACGUUACAGUGCAGCAAAGUAGUGCUGGAUGCAACGUUACUUCUUGUGCUUACGGUGGUUAUGCGAAUGGCACCAUUAUCACUUUGUUGUCGUCCUCUCUUCAACCUCAAUGUCCAGGACUGCAGCAAUUUCCUCCCCUUGUAGCCCCACCUACUUAUGUACUGGAUUCGGUUUUUGCCCCGGCACCAACACCCCAGACGGAUGGUACCACUAAAACUGUGCCCAAGACUUCUACAGUGCCAUCUAUUGGGUCGCUUCCUGGACUUUCACCAGCAGGUGCCCCAUUGGGAAGUAUGUCUGAUGCCUCCACAUUGGCAAAUUCAGUCGCUACUCUCCCUGCUGCACUUAUGCUAUGCUUCCUUAUCAAAUUAAUCUCAUCCUUCUCAUUGUAAUUUUGGUCAUCUUUGUUUUGAACUUUUUGAUCUAUUGUAUG